UGUGGAACCGUGAAUUUGUGAAGAAGUCCUAAAAAUGGCAUCAUUAAACCUUGGCGAUCCGUUCCCCACUUUUACCGUGAACAGCACCAUCGGCACAAUCGACUUUCACAGCUGGAUGGGAAACAGUUGGGCAAUUCUCUUUUCGCAUCCGGCAGACUAUACCCCCGUUUGCACGACCGAAUUGGCCGCCGUAGCAAAGCUGGCGCCCGAGUUUGCCAAGCGUAACGUGAAACCGAUUGCACUCUCUUGCGACACAGUGGCCUCCCAUAAUGGAUGGAUCGAGGACAUCAAGGCGUACGGCCGAUUGACGGCCACAUCCGGCGACAGCGCGUUUCCUUUCCCGAUAAUCGACGAUUCGAGCCGCGAGCUCGCGGUCAAACUAAACAUGCUCGAUCGUGACGAGAUCGGUUCGGCGGGACUACCGUUAACCUGUCGAGCGGUGUUUGUGAUCGAUGCCAUCAAAAAGCUACGACUAUCGAUCCUUUAUCCGGCCACGACUGGGCGUAAUUUUGGAGAAAUUUUGCGCGCGAUCGACUCCCUGCAGCUGACCGACAAAAGGAAGGUGGCAACACCGGCCGAUUGGCGGCAAGGGGAGGCAGUCAUGGUUCUACCGACGAUAACGGAUGAUCAGCUCCCAACACUGUUCCCGGCCGGUGUUACGAGCGUUCCGCUGCCGUCCGGUAAAGGGUAUUUACGUCGCACCGAAUGUCCAGAAUAGUGCGGUCACAUGUACUUAUCACUUCGCACACAUUUGCUUAUCUCAUUUUGCUUUCCAAGAAGCUACUUAAAGAAACGAACUACAAAAGAAAUAUACUAGGUGUACAUAGCACCAUUUGGCCACCAGUGCAGCAGGUAACAAUAACAAUCGGUAUGCCAUUUUAUUGCAAAAAUUGGAAGAAACGCGAUCGCCGUCAUUUACCGUCCGCCUGCGGAAUGUACUGAUCCAAUACGACCUCCGGUAGAUAUUGCUCGAGAUAGCUUCGCGGAAUUUCGGCGAUCCUGCUGAAGAUCUCCAGAAAGCGUAAACCAAACAGGGCCUCCGUUCCGACCAGCUGCUUGGCUCUGUUGCGAAAGAAGGACAGUGAAGCCGAUUCCCACGUGAAUAAUGGUAGGAAAAUGUUCUUCAUCGACACACGCGUACUUACUCGAGAUUGGCAUGGACAAAGGAAAGCACGUACUGGCACAGAUACUGCAGAAAAAGAUCCAUCUCGACCGCCCCCAUCUGCCGGAGCACGGUCAGCACACCGACCACCGUUGGGUGACCGUCGAGCGUAUCGCUUUUGCGCCGUGUCACGAGACUAUCCACACUUUCGAGGUACUGCCACUUGCCCAGCGUUGAUACGACGAAGAGAAACAGCAGCAGCGGAACGAAGCGCGCAGAUGCCGAUCGGUCCGAUGGAGCCAAAUAAAC